UGUUCCAGUCACUUCCUUGACACCUUACACCCUGUUUUAUCCCACUCCACCAGCGCACAUUAGCACCUUCUCUACAUAUUUGCAAAACUUACGAGCGGGAAAGCUCUCCUGUAGAAUGCGAGCUUCAUCUUCUCUCUACCAACUCCCUGGAUCUCGUCUGUUUGUUCAUCACGCCGCUUCAAUUCCUCCAAUGGUGUCGAAUUCUCUGCUUUGGUUUCGUAAGGGCCUUCGUAUCCACGACAAUCCAGCUCUGGAACACGCUCGUAAGGACGCGACUCAUCUUUAUCCAGUCUUCAUUCUUGAUCCACACUUUCUCGAGCCCGACCCGACAGAUUUUUCCCCUGGUUCUGCUCGUGCCGGUUUGAAUAGGAUUCAAUUCUUGCUCGAGAGCCUCGUUGAUCUCGAUUCAAGUCUCCGGAAACUUGGGUCCCGUUUGUUAGUGUUUAGAGGCGAGCCUGUCGAGGUUUUGUUCCGCCUCUUAAAGGAAUGGGGUGUCAAAAAACUUUGCUUUGAAUAUGACACAGAACCAUAUUACCAAGCUAUGGAUGAUAGAGUCAAGGACCACGCUUCUGCACUUGGAAUGGAGGUUUUCUCUCCUGUGAGCCAUACUCUCUUCAAUCCUGUAAAGAUAAUAGAGAAGAAUGGGGGAGCACCACCGCUGAGUUAUCAAUCAUUUCUAAAGAUUGCUGGGAAGCCCUCACCCCCACUUUCAACAACAAUUUCUUGGCUUCCUCCUAUAGGAAAUGUUGAAGAUCUUGAAAUAUUAGGAAUUCCGACAAUCAAAGAACUUGGCUAUGGAGAUAUUAGACAGGAUGAAUUUUCUCCUUUCAGAGGUGGUGAGUCAGAAGCAUUGAAGAGGUUGAGAGAAGCACUUAAUGAUGAGGAGUGGGUGGCAAGCUUUGAGAAACCAAAGGGCAACCCAUCUUUAUUUUUGAAGCCAGCAACCACUGUUUUGUCUCCAUAUUUGAAAUUUGGCUGUCUAUCUUCCAGGUAUUUUUACCAAUGUCUUCAAGAUGUGUACAAGAAAGUCAAAAGGCACACAUUACCACCAGUUUCACUGGCUGGGCAGUUGUUAUGGCGAGAAUUUUUCUACACGGUGGCUUAUGGCACUCCAAAUUUUGACAAAAUGAAGGGCAAUCGAAUUUGCAAGCAGAUACCUUGGAAUGAUGAUGAUGAAUUGCUGGCGGCUUGGAGGGAGGCUCGGACAGGCUACCCUUGGAUUGAUGCCAUCAUGGUCCAGUUGCAAAGGUGGGGUUGGAUGCACCAUCUUGCACGGCAUUCUGUAGCAUGUUUCCUGACUCGUGGAGAUCUGUUUAUUCAUUGGGAAAAGGGGCGUGAUGUUUUUGAGAGAUUGCUGAUUGAUUCAGACUGGGCCAUAAAUAACGGAAACUGGUUAUGGCUCUCUUGUUCCUCAUUUUUCUACCAGUAUAAUCGUAUCUAUUCCCCAAUCUCAUUUGGGAAGAAAUAUGAUCCUAAUGGGAACUACAUUCGACACUUCGUCCCUGUACUGAAAGAUAUGCCAAAGGAGUACAUAUAUGAGCCAUGGACUGCACCAUUAACUGUUCAAACCAAAGCAAAUUGCAUAAUUGGAAGAGAUUAUCCUCAUCCAGUGGUUGCUCAUGAUUCUGCAAGUAAGGAAUGUAAGAUGAAGAUAGCAGAAGCUUAUGAGUUGAACCGUAAAAUGAAUGGUUUGGUGAGUGAAGAAGAUUUGAAGGGCCUACGGAGAAAGUUCGAAGAAGAUCAACACCAGGUCUCUAAAUCUAGAAGGCAGAAGCAAAAGUUGAUCAGCUGAGCUCAACAUUGUUGUCACUUCAGCUGUCAUCAUGGAAAAUAGGGCCCACUGUUGUGUUUGAUUUAUGAUAUUGCUGGAACCAAUAGGAGCACAUAAUUUCAUACCAGUUAAUUCCAAUUUAUUUAUGUUGCUGACUACAAUUUAUUGACCAUCUAAAAGUGAUAGAUCAGAUAGUGAGUAUGCUCCUAGCAAGUUCUGUUAGAUUA